AUGUCUUUAACCGAGGGCGUCGAGACUUCAGCAGAACGAGAUUCCGGAAUGGCUACCGCUAUAGAAUCACCUCCGCCUCGAAGUCCCAUCGUGCUUACGCUGAGCUGCAUUUCCAUAGCUCUAGUCUUUAUAGCGGUUCAUGCCUGCACCCUUACCUACAUCCAGAAUGUUGGGGCUUCCGUCAAGACUUCACUGUACGGCCUCAUUGGAACCAGCCUAGCGGUUAACAUCCUCUUUGUCAUCAUCGCCUUAGUAGCUGCAGUUUAUCGGCAUAACGUGUAUUUCUUCUUUGUGUCAAAUGUCCUCUUCUUCCUGAUGUGUAAGUUGUUCCCAUGCUUUAAUCUUUAUCCCAAAAAUGCAUUUGUAUUCACGCUAACAUUUCAUUGA